GGAGCUCCCGGCGGCGGAGUUGGGGGCCGAACCCGCUUUGUCUGGGCCGGGCCUGGCUUCCUCCCCGGAGCCUGACAGCCGCGUGCGGCGAUCGCCGCUGCGGAGUCGCUGGUCCCGGGACAGGAGGUGAUGACUUCCUCCGAGGGUGGGGUCCUUGGGGACAGCUCCUGGGGGCGAACGGUGCACCCGGGCCGACGGGUGUUCUCCUGAAGCAAGCCCAGCCCGCCGUCGUGGAAAGAAGCGCCUUAGCAAGAGGGUUUGGAAGACUUUCCUCUAGGUGUGUUUCGUUUGGGUUAGUAUAUCCAGUAAGAGCCAAGCGGGGUCUUUGUAUGAAUAUGUCUCGGGGAGCAAAUGGAGACAAGUUCAUUAUCACGCGCCUCUCGGUUAUCGUACCUGUUUUUACAGAGAACUCUACAAAUUUAAGUGAUGAAAAUACAAAUUAAUAGCAAGCCAGUUACACUUGUUUUUCUAGUCCUAUGUAAGCCGGGAUCGUUUUCCUAUCUUUCUGGCCCUUUUCUGCGUGACCCCCACCACCCCGUGCCGUGAGAGAACUGCCGUGCGCGGCUGCCUCCAGUUUUCUUCCUAUUCUGGGUGAUUUUCACUGGACACGUGCACCUCUGGGAAAACACUCCCUGCCAGGCUGAGCCGCCAGAGAAGCUGCUGUUGGCUUCUGGUGUUUGUAAAAAGGGAAGUUAUUUGUUUUGAAGCUACCCCCGAUCAGAUUAAGUGCGUGUUUUCCAAAGUCCACUUCAGGCACUUAUAACGAGGUGUGCCUAAACCAGGGGGCACCCAAGUGACUUUGGUUGUAGAAAUACUAAUUUUUGGUUUGUUUUCUCUGUGUCAUGGUGAUAAAAUUAGGAGACUACGAAGCAUCCAGUUCAUUUUUUAAAAAAGUAUUUGCUGCAGAUAAGCCAGUUUUGGAAGCCCUAGGGACAUAGUGGUUAAGGGCUACCGCUGCUUACCGAAAGGUUGGCAGUUGGAACCUACCAGGCGCUCCUUGGAAACCCCAUGGGGCAGUUCUAUUCUGUCCUUUUGGGUGUUAUGCACUGGAAUCAACUCAGCGGUAAUGGGUUUGGAAAUCAAUUUCAGUUUGCAAUUAGUUUUACUUACAGAACAAAUUUAUUAAGCAAGAAGAAACUGCUUCCACAUUUUUGACUGCGUACAGGAAUUCACACUUUCUGUAAUCCUUGAACAGAUAAUGUCUGUUUUCACGGUUUGCAUUUUCUCAGAACAUCCAGCACAGAUUGAGGUAUUCUGUGACCCUUUAAAGGUUCCGGAAGCCCCACAUCUUGGAGGCAGAAGCUACAGUCUCCUAUAUUCAAAGCAAAACAGAGAUUUGGUCACCUUGACAGGUGAUUACGCUGACCUCAGGCAGGCUGAGCUGUGCCUGCCUUCCUCCACCGGCCCCCCCCCCCGCCCCCCACACACAAACGCACACAUGCUCUUUGUUCCAGUUAAUUCCCGAGUACAGUGCUUGAUGCUUCUCAGGGUGAUAACUCAGCUCUUUAAAGCACGGCUUCCAACCCUUGGAAGAAACCCUUCAAGCAGAUUUUUUCCAGUUCGAACUUCGGCUGAGAAUUUGCUUUUCCACCCCAGAUGUACUGAAUCAGAAUCUACAUUUUACCAAGAUUCCCAGAAUUCUGUCCAGCCUAUGAUUUGGAGUGUGAAUGGAGCUGGGAAGCAGAGCUACCGAAGCACAAAGUCCAAGACUGAACGCUUAGCCACGGAGCACCGAGUCACCAUGCGACCUGAGCUGCUCAUCAUUAACUGGACUGCCUCAUCCACAGAGCUGUAAAGUUGGACAUGCAGAGCAGCACUUCAUUAUAAAAUGAAAGUGUUCUGUAGGAGAUGGGACCCGAGCAAGACCUGGAAGCACAAGUGAUGCGAAAGGAUCAUGUUUUUGCUCUCAAGAUGAAAAGGAUCCUGUUUCUAAGCCCCGAGGCAAGCCCCCAGGACAUAAGGCUAUGUCGACACCACGAAGGAUUUCACAGUAGAACUCCUGGAAGGCAGUGAUGUGUGCCUGAAGAUGGUUUGCUCACCUGAGCUUCAUGUUUUCUUUCAGGAAGAUUUGUGGUUAGUCCUGUUUACCAAAACUCCUCAAAAGAUAGACUUUUUAUGAAAACCUGAAGAGUAUCUAUGUUUGGGGCACAAAUGAGUGUUUGGAUCAGCUUUGUACCAACCUCAUGCAUUAACAUGACGAAGCAGCAAGAAUAGCCAUGGUCCAUCAUGGAUAAUAGCCAGGACACUUGUCCAAAAGUGGACAGUGAGUUGGUUUCUGGUAAAAUAACUUUUAAAAUAGCAGUGGAAGAUGGUGAUCGGAUUCCCAGUCACAGUUUGGAGAGGAUGGAUUUGAGAAGUGAGCGAGGGCACCCGCAGCACACAGACAGCGGGGAUGAGCACCUGGAGGGCAGAGAGGCAGACUGUGCCUGCCCACCCCCCGGGAAGUACCUGCACUCCGACAACGAGAAUGACUAUGGCUCCUUGUUCUCACAGUACAGCAGCACCCUGUAUGAUGUCGCAAUGGAAGCUGUGACACAGAGCCUUCUCUCCAGCAGAACCAUAAACUCCAGGAAGAAAUCUCCAGCUUGGAAACACUUUUUUAUCUCUCCUCGAGAUAGUACUAAAGCAAUAUGUAUGUACUGUAUGAAAGAAUUUAGUCGAGGUAAAAAUGAAAAAGACUUAAGUACCAGUUGUCUCAUGAGACACGUGAAAAGAGCUCACCCUACUGUGCUCAUUCAGGAAAAUGGCAGCGCAUCCGGCAUGGCCUCCUUUUCUUCUCCUUCGCUUCUGCUCCCACCCCAGUCUGCAGAUGCAGGAGACCUAAGCACCAUACUCUCACCCAUAAAACUUGGCAAAACAGUUGCAUCUAAGAUACCAUCCCCUGAUCGAAUAACUGAGGAAUCUGUGUCUGUCGUUUCUUCUGAAGAAAUUUCAUCUGACAUGUCCAUUUCUGAGAAAUACAGCAAAGAUGAAGCCGUGGUGGGAUCAUCCCCACACUUGCCCAGUUUCAAUUAUGAUGAUACUGUGGAGAACAGCAUCGAAAAAAGCCUCACGGUUCCAAAGAGUACAUCAGGCUCCAGAAGAAGGUCUGCUGUCUGGAAACACUUCUAUCUGUCUCCUUUAGACAACUCCAAAGCUGUUUGCAUUCACUGUAUGAAUGAGUUCAGCAGAGGGAAGAAUGGAAAGGAUCUUGGGACAAGCUGUCUGAUCAGGCACAUGUGGAGGGCCCAUCGCUCCAUUGUCCUGCAGGAGAAUGGGGGUGGCACGGGCAUCCCACCCCUGUACUCCACCCGUCCCACUCUGGUGCCAUCUCUACAGCAUUCAGAUGGAGACUUCAAUUCCAGGUCGUCGUCUCCAGGGAAAGUAGUUGGAGAACCCACCUCAGCGUCCUCCUCUCCUGACAGGCUCCCUGAAGACGUCCAUUUUCAUUUUCAUCCUGGAGAAACGUUACUGGAGGAUGUGUCCCUGCUGUCGUCAUCUGAGGAUGUUGGCGAUGCGUCCAUGGUGUCUUCUCCUGAGAAGCAGGGUGACGGACCAAGUCCUCGGGUCUUUGAAUCUGGCACUGUGUUUCAGCAGAAUAAAAAGGUCAUGAAGAGACUUAAGUCAGAAGUCUGGCAUCAUUUUUCAUUAGCUCCCCUGGACAGUCUGAAGGCAGUGUGUAGAUACUGCAGCUGUGUCAUCAGUCGGGGGAAGAAGGGCGACGUGGGCACCAGCUGUCUGAUGAGGCAUCUCUACAGACGCCACCCUGAAGUUGUUGGGAACCAAAGGGGCUUCCUAAGCGCAAGUCUGGCCAAUUCCCCAUAUGCCACUCUGGCUUCUGCAGAAAGCGCCUCCAGAUUAACGGACUUGCCCACAAUGGUUUCAAAAGAUAAUCAGGUUAUAUUCCCUGUUAAUAGCAAAAAGACCUCAAAACUGUGGAAUCAUUUUUCUAUUUGUUCGGCAGACUCCACUAAAGUCGUGUGCUUGCACUGUGGACGAACGAUAAGCAGGGGAAAGAAGCCAACGAACUUGGGUACCAGUUGCCUUUUAAGACACUUACAGAGGUUUCAUGGCAACGUACUGAAAAGUGACGCCUCAGAGACAGCGUUGCCCUCUUCUCCAGAAAGGCACAUGCCACUGAGCACAGAGUUACCAGGUGCUUCAUCCCGUGACGACACCAGUGAAAAGUUCUGUGAUUCUCACCCAGUUGCCAAAAAAAUAACAAGUCUCAUAGCUGAAAUGAUUGCACUUGACCUUCAGCCAUAUUCUUUUGUAGACAAUGUUGGCUUUAACAGGCUGCUCGAAUACUUGAAACCUCAGUACUCUUUACCCUCACCGUCUUACUUCUCCAGGACAGCUAUUCCAGGUAUGUACGAUAAUGUGAAACAGAUCAUUCUGUCCCAUCUUAAGGAAGCUGAGAGUGGCGUGGUCCACUUCACAUCUGGGAUAUGGAUGAGUAACCAGACACGUGAGUACCUGACCCUGACAGCUCACUGGGUCACCUUUGCAUCGUCAGUCCGACCCCGCCGUGAAGACCACCAUUGCUCAGCACUCUUGGACGUGUCGCAGAUUGAUUGCGACUACGGUGGCAACAGCAUUCAGAAGCAGCUGGAAUAUUGGUGGGAAGCCUGGGUGACAUCCAUUGGCCUUCAGGUUGGCAUCACUGUGACUGACAACCCCAGCAUCGGGAAGACCUUGAACGAAGGGGAUCACUCGAGCGUGCAAUGCUUCAGCCACACGGUGAACCUCAUUGUGAAUGAGGCCAUCAAAAGUCAGAGGAUGGUUCAGAACUUACUGAGCAUUGCACGGAAGAUAUGUGAGCGGGUCCAUCGGUCGCCCAAAGCAAAAGAGAAACUAGCAGAGCUGCAGAAAGAAUACGAGUUGCCCCAGCACCAUCUGAUUCAAGACGUUCCAUCCAAAUGGAACACGUCAUUUCACAUGCUUGAAAGACUCAUUGAACAGAAAAGGGCCAUUAAUGAGAUGUCCAUCGAGUGUAACUUUAGGGAGCUGAUCAGUUGUGACCAGUGGGAAGUCAUGCAGUCCGUGUGCCAUGCGCUGAAACCCUUUGAUGCUGCAAGUCGGGAGAUGAGCACACACGUGUCUGCUCUCAGCCAGGUGAUUCCCAUGAUCCACAUCCUUAAUAGGAAAAUUGAGAUGCUGUUUGAGGAGACUAUGGGCAUUGACACCAUGCUGAAGUCUUUGAAGGAAGCCAUGGUGAGCCGCUUGUCCUCCACCCUCCACGAUCCAAGGUACGUUUUUGCUACGCUUUUGGACCCACGUUACAAAACCUCCUUAUUUACAGAAGAGGAGGCUGAGCAGUAUAAGCAAGAUUUAAUCAGGGAACUAGAAAUACUGAAUUCUACCUCAGAUGAUAAACCUGUUUCCAAUGGGUGUGGUGCAGGUUCGCCAUCUAAAGACUCUGUGGCAGAGGAAAACCUGUGGUCGCUCAUGGCCAAGAUGAAGAGAAAAGAUCUGAGAGAGAAGACAAAGUUGCCUGAAGACAUGGUGCUUGCCUACUUGGAGGAAGAGGUGCUUGAACACAGCUGUGAUCCGUUAACCUACUGGAACCUAAAGAAGUCAUCUUGGCCAGCCCUUUCGGCCCUGGCUGUCAGGUUUCUGGGCUGCCCCCCAAGUACCGUCCCUUCAGAAAGGCUGUUCAACACGUCCACUGAAAACAGUAGCUUUAGCCAAUCCAGGCUCAUGAUGGAACAUUUUGAAAAACUUAUCUUUUUGAAAGUGAAUCUUCCCUUAAUAUACUUUCAGUAUUGAAACUCUUGAUGAAGCCUCCAGGCUAAAAGAUACUGUUGCUUAUUAGGCAUUGGCUGUGUCUGCCACUGGGGCUGCCGACUCGCUCCAGUCGGGGCCAUGUAGGACAUCAGGUGAGGGACUCGCAGGUCCGAGUUGGAGUGUCACUGUCCAGCUUUCUACGUCAUGUCUACAUGUGCCUUACUCCUAGUUCUUCAGGCCAGAUGCUGUAGAUAACUUUUUUAAAGAACUUUACGAGAAAUAGCCUGUCUUGUCAAUUAUGAUGAUUAGGUUUAAUUCAUAACUGUAAAUUUUUUUUAAAGUUGAAGUUAAGUAAAUUGUUUUAAUAGAAUGGCAGAAAAGAUGUAAACAGUUCUGUUUUGUAGCCUUUUUAUUCAAUUAUGUGAAAACCAUAAAUCAAGUACUGUAUUUUAGUUAAGCAUUGCUUUAAUUGCAACAAAAUAGCUUUUGUGACUGUCAAAUGAAAUCUGUAUAUAAGAGGUGGAGUUCAAGCCAUCCUUUGGAAGCAGUUUUUAACUGCAAGCUCUUAAGUACUUAGAGGAUUACAGUGACUAUUAUGGAAGAUAACUGUUUACUAGUGCAGAGACAUUUGAAAACAAAAGUAAACUGAGAUGUAUUUUGGAGUCUCUGGUCCAUAGUAAUUUGUUCAAGAAAACUUUACCAUUUAUGUUUUAGCAUUCAGGUGUUUCAUCAUCAAUUAACUCAGAGAUACCCCAACUAUUUAUAAUGAAUUCCUUUGAAAUGUUAUCAGAGUUUGCAAGUUCACGUUUAUGGUUUAGCUGAUGCAUAAUAUGACAAGUUUACAGCAAAAGUUCAGUUAAUUAAAUCUCCAAACUUCUGAUUUAGUCUCAUCUAUGCUCUGAAGCUGUCUUUUAAAAACUGCAGAUUCCCAAUUUGAUCAAAUUAUGUAUAAAAUUCUUUUUAGAAGAGAUGCAGUAUUCAUAGGGAAGAAGACUGUUGCGUUACAGGUAUAAAACUAGCCUUAGGUGUUUAGGGUCUUCUUUUUUAAUAGGGAAGAUUCAGCCAUUUUUGGAGUAUUUUAGGAUCCCAAGGACAUCAGAAUGAAGUAGCAGUCAUCACAUUCUUUGAACAAUUUGUCGUCAGUGUUUUUUGCUUUCACAUAAAAAAGCGUUCAUUUUCUCAUUUCAAACCAGUUACAUAUUCUGAGUGGAACACAUCACUUAUCUAUGAUCUUUUAGAAAAUUUGUCAUUUUGUUAAAAUAUUGUACCUAUGCUUAAUCUAAAUUUGCAUUGACUAUGUUUUAGUGUAUUUAUAAAUGGUAAACUCAGUUUCUGAAAUUAAACUUUUUCUUUGCAAUUUUCUAGUGCUACAGGAUACUGGAUUUUUAUUUUUAGGGCAAUAAAACAGGCAUAAUCUUUGGGGACCAAUAUAUAAAAAGCAUUCAUGCAGCAACUUAAAUUUCAUCUUAAAGCCAGAUUUAAACAGUAGAGAAUGGGAGAUGUAGCUCUUACGAUAAUAUCACUGAUGACGGAGUGAUGAUGAGACCUUUGAGGCACUGCAUUUGCCAGGAGUGGUGGUAAAAAUGUGGCAGCAGAAAGCACGGGCCUGGUGAGUACCACUGGGAUUCAUUUCCUGGGGCUGCCACAGUAAAUCACCACAGAGUGGGUAGCUUAAAACAACAGAUAUUACUCUUGCAGUUCUGGAGGCCAGAAAUCAGAAAUUAAGGUAUAGGUAGGGUUGCCUCCCUCCAAAGUCUCUAGGGGAGAAUCUGCUCUAUUCUUCUAAUUUUUGGUGGUUCCUGGCAGUCCUUGGUGUUCCUGGCUCAUAGACUUAUCACUCUAGUUUCUGCCUCCAUACCCACAUGGUCUUUCCCUCCCUGUGUCCCUGUGUUGUCUCCUUUUCUGUCUCUUUUAAGGAUACUUGUCACUGGAUUUAGGGUGCUCCCAUGAGCUAUGAGGGGCCACUCACAGCUCUGCUGCUCCCCAGAAUGUGACAACUUGCCAGCCUCGGGACCUACCACCCAGUGUUUCCUCAGUUUGGUACUUCAUGGUCCUGCUUCCCAACAGAGGGAGAGUUGGCCAACCCCUUCAUGGUCACUGGACAUCCCUGGUCCAGUAGCUGCAGGUGCAGGGAAGGAGGGUGGAGUUACGUGGUCCACAAUCUCUGCCUUACCAGGGGCUCUGGCCCAAGCACCCUUGGCCUAGAAGGGGCUGUGGACAGGAUAGGAGUGAGUGACGAUUCUUGCUCAACUAUGUCCUGUUGGUCUUAGAGUUGUAUUUGGAGUGGUGACAUUCUUAUAUUUGGGGAUAUUUUCCUUCAUGGAUUUUCCCUCUAAAACAAGUCAGCAUAAACUAACUCUAGCAGAAUUGUAUUCAGUCAUUCAUUCAACAGUGCCUUUCUCCAGGGACUGACUUUGGUCCAAGGGGUAAAGCAGUAAUUAAAGUAGGCACAGUCUGUGUUCUUACAGAGCCCAUACUCUAGAUCAGAGGUUGGCAAACCAUAGCCAACCUCUAUAGUGAAGUUUCUUGGAACAUAGCUAUGGCCGUGUAUUACAUUAGGCAAAUAUGCUGCACAAGACCUUUUUAAAGUGUUAAAAGAUGUCACUUUGAGAACUAACAUGCAUGUCUUAGGCUGGAUUCUCUAGUUUAGCAAAGAGAGAGGCUUAUCUCAAUGAAAUGGCUUAUACAGUAGUAGAGGCUGGCAAGUCCCAUGUCCAUGGGUCAGGCAUCAGGCCAGAGGCUUUGAAUUCACAUAAUCUAGGAAAAUUGGAAAUUGUCAAAAAAGAAAUGGAAUGCAUAAACGUCAAUGUCCUAGGCAUUAGUGAGCUGAAAUGGACUGAUAUUGGCCAUUUUGAAUUGGACAAUCAUAUAGUCUACUAUGCUGGGAAUGAUGACUCGAAGAGGAAUGGUGUUGCAUUCAUCGUCAAAAAGAACAUUUCGAGAUCUAUCCUGAAGUACAACGCUGUCAGUGAUAGGAUAAUAUCCAUACGCCUACAAGGAAGACCAGUUAAUAGGACUAUUAUUCAAAUUUACACACCAACCACUCGGACCAAAGAUGAAGAAACAGAAGAUUUUUCUCAGCUCCUGCAGUCUGAAAUUGAUCAAACAUGCAAUCAAGAUGCAUUGAUAAUUACUGGCGAUGGGAAUGCAAAAGUUGGAAACAAAGAAGGAUCAGUAGUUGGAAAAUAUGGCCUUGGUGAUAGAAACAAUGCCGGAGAUCGAAUGAUAGAAUUUUGCAAGACCAACAACUUCUUCAUUGCAAAUACCUUCUUUCACCAACAUAAAUGGCGACUGUACACAUGGACCUCGCCAGAUGGAACACAUAGAAAUCAAGUUGACUACACCUGUGGAAAGAGACAAUGGAAAAGCUCAAUAUCAUCAGUCAGAACAAGGCCAGGGGCCAACUGUGGAACGGACCAUCAAUUGCUCAUAUGCAAGCUGAAACUGAAGAAAAUCAGAGCAAGUCCACGAGAGCCAAAACAUGACCUUGAGUAUAUCCCACAUGAAUUUAGAGACCAUCUCAAGAAUAGAUUUGACGCAUUGAACACUAGUGACUGAAGACCAGACGAGUUGUGGAAUGACAUCAAGGACAUCACCCAUGAAGAAAUCAAGAGGUCAUUGAAAAGACAGGAAAGAAAGAAAAGACCAAGGUGGGUGUCAGCAGAGACUCUGAAACUUGUUCUUGAGCGUCGAGCAGCUAAAACAAAAGGAAGAAUUCAUGAAGUAAAAGAACUGAACAGAAGAUUUUAAAGGGCCUCUCGAGAAGACAAAGUAUUAUAAUGACACGUGCAAAGAGCUGGAUAUGGAAAACCAAAAGGGAAGAACACGCUUGGCGUUUCUCAAGCUGAAAGAACUGAAGAAAAAAUUCAAGCCUCAAGUUGCAAUAGUGAAGGAUCCCACGGGGGAAAUAUUGAAUGAUGCAGGAAGCAUCAAAAGAAGAUGGAAGGAAUACACAGAGUCAUUAUACCAAAAAGAAUUAGUCAAUAUUCAACCAUUUCAAGAGGUGGCAUAUGAUCAGGAACUGAUGGUACUGAAGGAAAAAGUCCAAGGACAUCAUGCUCGUCAGAGUACAGGGUCAGCGGAAAAGAGGAAGACCCUCAAUGAGGUGGAUUGACACAGUGGCUGCAACAAUGAGCUCAAGCAUAACAAUGAUUGUAAGGAUGGCGCAGGACCGGGCAGUGUUUCGUUCUUUUGUGCAUAGGGUGGCUAUGAGUCAGAACUGACUUGACAGCACCUAACAACAACAACAACAAAUGCAGGGGAUGAUGGAUCCAAGAUUGGCAGGCAAUACAGCAGCAUGCCAGAUAAAGUCCCAAGAACCGGACGUCAGAUGAUGAUGAACCAGAUGCAGGAUCUAGAGGAAGCAAAAGACAGCUUUGCCAAAACAUCCAUAUAUAUUGAAUUCUGGUCAUACCCCUCAGGAGCCCCCCUUACAACUGAUUGGCUCAUCACAUCAGAUCACAUCAUGGAGGUGAUUACAUUACAUCACAAAAUGGAAGAUAACUGCAUCAUUACCUAACUGCCAAAUUACAUCAUUUCAUAACUGCCAAACUACGUUACUACCUAACUGCCAAAGCACUGAGUAUCAUGGCGCAGUCAACAUGCAACCUUAACCGUCAGAGUCCACCCCUUGUCAAUUUGGUACUGUACACAUCUCAUUAAACCAUACACAAUCUCUAAAUUAAGGCAAUUCCAAAGUCAUACUUAAUGCCUAACAUAAUACAACUAACGUGUACAACAAAAAAUACGCUAGCCCUGUUUAUAUUUUGUAAGUGAAGAAAAAUAUUUGAUGCACUUAUAUAAGGUAGGAGUACUGAUAACAAUUACAGUCCUGUUUUCUGCAACUGAUCAUGUGAUCAUAACUGGUAUUUAGAACUACUUUCUUCCACCAUCCGUUCAUAUUCCCUUUCCCCUCAGGCGCCUCAGCUGGCCGCAGUUCUUUGCCUGGUGUGGUGACACCUUCAUUCCUGAAGAGUCUUGGCCAUUAGUAGCAUGUUGGAAUUGGAUUGCUCUAGCCUUUCAUUGAAUUUAAUCACAUACCGUAGUAGUACUAAGAGACAUCCUAAGGGAUCUCCUGUAUUCCAGACAUACUCUCCUUUACCUCCAUUAUAUAGUAUCAGUCUGAUUUCCUUUUGGUGAUCAGGAUCAAUCAUACCAGCCACUAUGGUAACUUCUUUAUUUGCCUUUUGAUACAGAGGCAUAAGUCCACAAAUAGCAUUCUUAACUUCCAGUUCAGUGGAAUCAGUGAUGUGUCUCCAGGUGGCAGCAUUUCUCUAGGCCCAUACAGCAUAGGGUAGAAGAGACAGGAAGCAAAAAUUUUGUGAAUGGGUCACUAGGGGUGAUAGUGAAUGGUGCCACUUCCAUUUCCAUCCCUUGAUUCCUGGACCCAUGAAUCCUGACUAUGGGAGAAACAGCACCAUAUAUUGGAAGCAGGUUUGAAGCAUAUACAGCCUCUUGGAGAACCUUGUCCCAACCCUAUAAGGUACUGGCACUAACUGGUACUGUAGUUGUGUCUUUAGAAGGCCGUUACAUCAUUCUUACCAAGCCAGCUGCUUUAGGAUAAUGGAGAACAUGGUAAAACCAGUAAAUUCCAUGAGCAUGGGCCCAUGAUCUGAGGCAAUGGUGUGUGGAAUACCUUGAUGGAGGAUAAGGCAUUCUGUGAGUCCCUGGAUGGUAGUUUGGCAGAUGUGUUUUCAUGCAGAGAAGGCAAAUCCACAUCAGAGUAAGUGUAUUUGCAGUAAGAACAAAACACCCUUUCCACAAUGGAAGUGGUCCACUGUAAUCAACCUGCCUUUAGGUUGCUGGCAAAUCACCUUGAGAUGGUGCCAUAUUGUGUCCUCAGUGUUGGUCUCAGCUGCUGGCAGAUUGAGCACUCAGCAAUGGCUGUAGCCAAGUUGGCCUUGAUGAGUGUAAGUCCAUGUGGCUGAACCUAUGCAUAACCUCCAUCCCUGCCACCAUGGCCACUUCGUGAGCCCACUGGGCAAUUACUGGAGUGGCUAGGGAAAGAGGAUGACUGCAUUCCACAGAAUGUAUCAUUCUAUCCACUUAAAUCUUAAAAUCCUCUUCUGUUGAGGUCACCCUUUGGUGAGCACUCACAUAAGACAAAUACCUUCACUUUGGCCUAUUCUGAGAGGUCUGUCCACAUACCUCUUCCCCAUACAUCCUUGUAUCCAAUUUUCCAGUCACAUUCCUAGCGUCACUGUGAGUCAGAAUCGACUCGACAGCAGUGGGUUUUUUUGUUUUUGUAUUUUUUGGCCGGGGGGGGGGGAUUUGGGGGGAGAUGGUUCCUUCCAAAUUCCUGACCAUCCAGCCAAACCAUUGGCCACAACCCGUGAAUCAUUAUACAGUUGUAUAUCUGGCUAUUUUUCCUUCCAAGCAAAGGGAAAAACCAAGUGCAUUGCUCGAAGUUCUGCCCACUCAGAGGAGUUCCCUUCACCACUGUCCUCAGGAGAUCCCACAAAGGGGCUGCAGUGCUGCCACUUUGAAGUAGCACCUGCAUAUGACACAUUUUCUCUCCAUGAGGCCAUAGGUGCAAAAUGGGAGAGGGCAGGAAUGUGACAGGAGUGGAAACCACGGGUGUUUGGGCCAUUUCCUCAUGCAACUUGUGCCUUCAGGUCCAGCUCAGAUGUAUACGAUCUUGUAUAUACCACUUUCAUUUAAUGAUGGAAUGCUGCUGUGCAUCUCUGACCUUAUGGGUCUGUGGGUCAGACAACACCCAGUUCUUGUGGGCAGCUAAGGCCAUAUGAUGAUUUGGUGGCCCGUGGUUAUGUGUUCAGUUUCUACUAAGGACCAGUAACAACCCAAAAGCUGUUUCUCAAAAGGAGGGUAGUUACCUGCAUAGAAUGGCAAGGCUUUACAUCCGAAUCUUUAGGGUCUGCGCUGUGAUUCAUCAAUAGGGGCCUGCCAAGGGCACAAAACAAUAUCUCAAUCUGCCACUGACACUUCAAGCACCAUUCGAUCAGCCAGAUCUUAUGGCCCAAGUGGCACACUGGCUUGCAAAGCUGCUAGAACCUGUUGCAGAGCGUUGUCUUGUUCUGAGCCUCACUCAAAUUUAGCAGCUUUUCAAGUCACUUGAUAAAUAGGUUGGAGUAGCACACAGAAUGAGGGGUAUGUUGCUUCCAAAAUCCACAGAGGUCCACCAGGCAUUGUGCGUCCCUUUUAAUGGUAGUAGGGGCCAGAUCCAAUAAUUUACCCUUCACCUUAGAAGGAAUAUCUUGAAAUGCCCCACACCACUGGACCCCUAGGAAUGUCACUGAGGUGGAGACACUGACCUGUUUCCAUUGAGUCAAUUCCAACUCAUAGUGACCUUGUAGGACACAGUAAAACUGUCCCAUAGGGUUUCCAAGGAGCAGCUGAUAGAUUCGAAUUGCCAACCUUUUGGUUAGCAGCCUGAGCUCUUAAGCACAGCUUCACCAGGGUGCCUGGAUUUUUGUUGGGUUUAAUUUCCCACGAUCUAGCCUGCAAAUGCAUUUCCAGUAAGUCCAGAGUCACUGGCACUUCUUCCUAGGUCCAAUCAGCAUAAUGUCAUCAAUGUAAGGGACCAGCGUGAUGUUUUGUGGAAAGAAAGGCCAUCAAGGCCCCUGGGAAGUAAAUUAAGACAUAGGGCUGGAGAGGUGAUAUACCCAUGAGGUAUGAUAGUGAAGGUUUAUUGCUCUUGCCAGCUGAAGGCAAACUGCUUCUGGUACUAUUUUGAAAACAGCUAUGGAGAAAAAGGCAUUGGCCGGUUCAGUAGCUGCACUCCAGGUACCAGAUGGAUUAAUUUGCUCCAGCAGUGAAACCACAUCUGGAACAGCAGCUGCAGUUGGAGUCACCACCUGACUGAAUGCUUGAUAACCCACUUGUCAGUCUCCAAGAGCCAUCUGCCUUUUGCACAGGCCAAAUAGGUGAGUUGAAUGGGGAUGUGGUGGGAAUCACCACCCUUGCAUGCUUCGAGUCUUUGAUUGUUGUUAGGUGCCGUCGAGUCGGUUCCAACUCGUAGUGACCCUAUGCACAACAGAACGAAACACUGCCUGGUCCUGCGCCAUCCUUACAAUCGUUGUUAUGCUUGAGCCCAUUGUUGCAGCUACUGUGUCAAUCCAUCUCGUUGAGGGUCUUCCUCUUUUCUGCUGACCCUGUACUUUGCCAAGCAUGAUGUCCUUCUCCAGGGACAGAUCCCUCCUGAUAACAAGUCCAAAGUAUGUAAGAUGCAGUCUCGCCAUCCUUGCCCCUAAGGAGCAUUCUGGUUGUACUUCUUCCAAAACAGAUUGUUCAUUCUUUUGGCAGUCCAUGGUAUAUUCAAUAUUCUUUGCCAACACAAUUCAAAGGCGUCAAUUCUCUUUUGGUCUUAUUGUCCAGCUUUCACACGCAUAUGAUGUGAUUGAAAAUACCAUGGCUUGGGUCAGGCACACUUUAGUCUUCAAGGCCUUGAUGGUGGCAGUUAUCUCUGCAAUCCCUCCAGGAAUGUGGUAUUGCUUUUAGUUUACUAUUUUCCUAGGCAUGGGCAGUUCUAAUGGCUUCCACUCAGCUUUUUCUACCACACUAGCCCUUACUCCACUUGCCAGACAUCCAGUGUGGGGUUCUACCAGUUGCAGAGCGUAUCUGUUUCAAUUAAUCUUUCUGGAACUGGGGAAGUCACUGCAGGCUUGGUUCUGGGAACCACUGGAUCCACGGUGAGAUGAACCUGAUCUAAGACUCCAUCAAUAACCUGAUGUCCAUAUGCACCCACUUUGACAGCUGGUACACAAUGACAUUUGGGGUCUCCUGAAAUUAGUUCAGAGCCAGUAUCCAGUAAACCCCAAAAGUGUGAUUUUUUCCUUUUACCAAAUGAACAGUCAUUUUUGUAAAAGGCCGCAGAUCUCUGGGGAAGAGUGGGAGAAAGAUUAACGGUAUAAACUUUUGGCGGUGGGGUCCUUCCUCAAGGGCACCCAACCUCUCCUUCCUUCGAGGGGCUGUGGGUGUGUAAACUGGCUCAAGUCUGGGAAUUGAUUGAGGGGCCGUGACUCUCUAGUCUGGCGAUUUGAGUUAAACUGCCAUUCACUUGAUCUAGAAUCCUACUUACACAGAUCAAGUAAAUAUUUCACUUCUAGAGACACCAUGACUAAGUAGCCAACUCCAUAAGUCCAUACUAGGCAGACUAUUCUGAUUACUGCUUUGACUCUACUGUCUAUUGUGGUAACCAAGCCUAUCUCGUCUUGGUCAAUCAAGUGUUGCCACUUGGCCUACCUUCAUGGGGUCCAAUCAGCCUAUUGUAAUCAGGUGUCUUAAUUCAGUUAGGGCAGUUCCCUCUGUCAAAUCUGACUUACAUAAAAUAGCAAUCACAGCAGCCUUCAGGGAUGCUGGGGCUGUCUUCACAAAUUUGUUCCUCACUGUUGAGGUAAAAGGUGUGAGUGAUGGUUAAGAUAGUGUGUCAGCUUGGCUGGGCCAUGAUUCUCAGUGUUUUGGUAGUCAUAUAAUGCGAUCACUUCCCUGUUGAAAUUUGGUAUGUGAUUACCCCCAUGAUACGGUCUGCUGAGAGUAGCCAAUCAGUUGAAAGCGAGUUUCCAUGGACAUGUGGCCUGCAUCUGAUUAUCAGCUGACAUUCUGGCUUUGCCUGUUCUUGGUCCUGCAUCUGGCUCCUCUUCGUCUGACCUCUAGUUCUUGGACUUGAGCUAGCAGCUUACCUCCAGUCUUGCUUGCUGAUCUUGGGAUUUGUUGAUCUUCAAAGCCUGUGAGCAAGAGGCCUGCUCUCUGACCUGCCAGUCUUGUGUUUACCAGCCCUUUCUGCUACGUAAAUCAGGAGAAGGUUCUAUUCUGAUCCAUGGACUUGGAAUGUUCCAGCCUCUACAAUUUUACGCGCCACUUCCUUGAGAUAUGUGUGUGUGUUAAAAAGAAAAGAUGUCACUUUGAGGACUAAGGUGCGCCUGACCCAAGCCAUGGUAUUUUCAAUCACCUCAUAUGCAUUCAAAAGCUGGGCAAUGAAUAAGGAAGAUCAGGAAAUAGUUGAUGCCUUUGGAUUAUGGUGCUGGCAAAGAAUACUGCAUAUACACAUGGACUGCCAGAAGAACAAAUUUGUCUUAGAAAAAGUACAGCCUGAAUUCUCCUUAGAAGCAAGUAUUUUGUUGUUGAGAAUACACACAGCAAAACAUAUAUACCAAUUCAACAGUUUCUACAUGUGCCAUUUAGUGACAUUGAUUACAUUGUUCAAAUUAUGCAAUCAUUUCUCGCUUUUCUGAUUUGUUUGCCAUUUCCUUUUGCUAUUUCCCGAUCAUUCGAUUUUUUGCCCAUGUUGUUGUUAGGUGCCGUCGAGUUGAUUCCAACUCAUAACAACCCCAUGUACAACAGAAUGAAACACUGGCUGGUCCUGCGCCAUCCUCACAAUCGAUGCUAUGCUUGAGCCCAUUGUUCCAGUCACUGUGUCAAUCCCUCUUAUUAAGGACUUUCUUCUUUUCCACUGACCCUGUACUUUACCAAGCAUAAUGUCCUUCUCCAGGGACUGAUUCCUCCUGACAACAUGUCCAAAGUAUGUAAGAUGCAGUCUUGCCAUCCUUGCUUGUAAGGAGCAUUCUGAUUGUACUUCUUCCAAGACAGAUUUGUUCUUUUGGCAGUCCGUGGUAUAUUCGAUAUUCUUCGCCAGUACCACAAUUCAAAGGUGUCAAUUCUUCGGUCUUCCUUAUUAAUUGUCCAGC